UACCAGCGUAGGUCGUACAUUAGCUGUAUUUUGUUAAAACUAAUGAAUAUUUUGAACAAAACCUCUUCGUAAUGCAUUUCCGUUCGCUUCGUUCGUGCGUCGUACUCUGCAGGCUGCGUGUGAAGACAGUUUGUUGUUUGUGAAGUGUGCGUGAAUGUUACAAAAAGCCCGUUAAGCCUGGACCUUGGUUACUGUGUUUAUCAUCAGGUACUCAGAUAAUCGUCACUGCACACUCCCGUGAUCUUUGUUCACUUUUAGCAAUAUUCAACGUGUCACCAGGUUCGUCCGCAUAGAGACAAGCAAUUGCCAGCUGUACGCACAACAUCACCAAGGGCGCAAGAUUUGUUCAUUGCUCCACAUCGAAACCGAAACCCACCCAGAGCAGCUGAGUAAAGGUCAGGGUGGUGUGGGUUUUUCUUUUGUUUGUUAUUCAUCUGCAAGGAGUGUCGAUACUGUCGUCAGAAACUUGAAAAGCACGACCGACACAAGACACAUCCUGGUUACUCCACGGAACUCCCGAAAAGGUUCCCGGAUAAGUUAGUUCCGCUUUCGACAUCGGGGUUGUCUUUCUUGGUGGAAAAAGAAAUUAUGGUAGUGUGGGACAGCAAACCCACAUACCCACACGCACGCAUCCGUUCGACGCAGGAGAAACGGCAAGUAAACAACAAUUAGAGUGAAAACGAACCGAAAGAAAGAAAUCAGCAAAAACACUUUCGCUCGCACCGUGGCACCGUCCCCUUGUGUGUGCGUUUAUGCGCGUAUGUUUUCAGCUGUAAUGAUUGCUUCUUGAAUGAAAGAGAGAAGUGUGCGAAGCGAUGAGGAGAAGAAACGAGUGAAAGAAGCACAACAAACAAAAAGGCGAAUGUACACGUGUGUAUUUGUGUGUUUUGAAAACAAUAGCAAGUGCAACGCAGCAGACAGCAACCCCAACAGUUUGUCUCGUGUUCGUGCCCGAAGCCCCAUCGUAAUGGCCGUGUGACGAUGGAAUCCAUUGUAAGGAUUCGCUUCAGGUGUCGUGCAGAUUGCCAGUGCUAAAAAGGUCCCUCGAGACGGCGGCAGGAUAUUGUCCUUACUCGCGUGUGUUGCAAUUAACACGCGCGCGCGUGUGUGAGUGUGUGUGUUUUUUUGUAGUUUGUGUUCUUUUUAUUACAAAUGUUUCAAAAGUGCAAUCAAAGUAGACAGACCAAUUCCUUUUUCAUUGUGGCAUUCAUGGAGUGGUGUUAGCGCGUUCUGUAUUGUUGCUUCCAUUGUGCGUGAUUGUUGCAUCUGUCAAAGAGUUGCAUCCAUCUGAAAGAGAAAGCCUACUCUGGGUGGAUUUUAAAAGCAAACGCACAUCAAACGAGGCUCACAUCGUCAUCGUCAUCAUGGGGCUACUGUUUGCCAAAAUCUGGAGUUUAUUCGGCAAUGAAGAACACAAACUCGUCAUGGUGGGUUUAGACAAUGCCGGCAAAACCACCAUCCUGUACCAAUUUCUAAUGAACGAAGUCGUCCACACAAGCCCAACGAUCGGAUCGAACGUGGAGGAGAUUGUAUGGAAAAACAUUCACUUUCUCGUGUGGGAUCUGGGCGGACAGCAGAGUUUGCGGGCGGCAUGGAGCACGUACUACACAAACACAGAGUUCAUCAUCAUGGUAAUAGACUCAACCGAUCGCGAACGGUUAGCGGUGACGCGCGAAGAAUUGUACAAAAUGUUGCAGCAUGAAGACUUAACGAAAGCCAGUUUACUCGUUUACGCAAAUAAGCAGGAUCUAAAAGACUCGAUGAGUGCAGCUGAAAUUUCGAAACAAUUAGACCUAACCUCAAUUAAGAAUCAUCAGUGGCACAUACAGUCCUGUUGCGCGCUGACGGGCGAAGGUUUGUACCAGGGAUUAGAAUGGAUAGCGCAAAGGAUUAAGAAGAAAUGACACCCACCUGUGUAAAACACUUCCGUAGCUCUGUUACGACCCGGACCAAACGCCGGUCACAAUUCCUGCUACUGCACUGUCCGUGGAUGCAAGGAUGCGAACAGUAGGGCAGUAACUUGUCGCGUGUGCUGAGCGGGAAAAGAAAUCAUAACCAUGGGUAAACAGAGAGCGGCAAAGGUAUCCUUUGCCUAACUCGUGCUGUCUUCUUUAAUCCUUUCGAGACUGUAAAACAAGGCGAACUACAAGCACCGCUAACAAGAAGUUUAAAAAUGAAAAGAAUUCAUCAUAUGUUUAGAACAGAGCGCGUUCCACGGUGAGCGUGAAUUGAUUAAUGUAUGUAUAGGUUAGCAUGCUGGACCUCGCCGAACAUAGCUCGUGUGUUCGUCGGUCAAACACACUAACGCUGGUCAAAGGAUGUAAGAUAUCGGAGUACUCACAGCAUAACUUUAGGAGAGGAGAAAAGGCAUAGGGUGGAAAUGAUUCCUUUGCGGGCGCACCUUGAUAAACGCGCAUUGUGCCGGGUGAAUACGACUGUGAGAUAAGAUUUAAUGGUAGUAUACACUAGCUUAAAAGGUAAACAUAAUAUAAACACGAGAUAAACACGGUAUCCGCUCUCAGUGGAUGCAUCUUUUGUGUUAACCGUAAACAGCUAAACGAAUGGAAACAGUGACAGUGCGAAAGCGAAAGAGACACCCCUCAAUUAACACCUGAUAAUAGCGAUAAAAAAUGUAUAAAAAUAGCCAAAUGUCGUACGAUCGUGGAAAAGAAAGAGUUCUAGCUUGUAACUGGUAUGAUCUGCAUGCCCGAUGAGAUGUGGAGCGACUCUUCUGAUAGCUAAUUUCGUGCAAAUUGUAUACACAAUGUUAAUAAGAGCAGGUACUGUACAAUAGGGGACAACUGAGUUGACGAUUGCUACCUUUGGGAACUUGUCAAGCGCUGCGGUUUUACGAACGAAUUCCGAACUCAGUAGCCAAAUCAUUAUCACACUCGGUGCACGCCGUUAGAAUUGUGUCGAUAUGCUCUAUGUAGCGAGAUAGAGUGAUAUAGGUAAAGACACCGGAGCAGAACAGAGGUCCGAAGAAGCAGCAAAACGUAAGGUUAGCAUUUUAUGUUUUAUAUGGCAAAACUACACACACGACACCGUUUGUGUAUGUGUUUAAGAUGUAUAGUUUUUAUCCUUGUUUCUUACCGUAUCAAUCAAUCUGAUCACGACCGCGUACCCCCAGAAACGGAAGGAAAUGUUUAUUCUGUACAUUGCGUACGUGUUUAGCUAGCCGAUACGGGAAGAGUUUCGACGGUAGGCGUGACAAACUGUGAGUGUGUUGAGAAGAAAAUCAAAUCCUGUGCAGUGUUAUAACUUGUUGCUCGACGUAAGUUAAGUAUGUGGGUACGCAUAUGGUGUAAGCGCUGCUAGCGAAUCGAAUGAAUGAGAAAUACUUACAUUAUAUAGUUAAAGCAAGUGGAAACAAAGUAACAAAAUAUAUACAUACAUGUACGUAUCGAACGCACCUCGUUUGUGAAAAUAUAUUAAAUAUGGAAUUU